UUUAUUUCCAAUAUGGCGUCUUCAGGUGGAGUUAGAAUUAUAGAAAGUGAUUCAAGAUUUCGUAGUGAGUUAACUGGGUCGAAAGGAACGUUGAUAAUAGCCAACUUUAAAGCAUCGUGGUGGGUAUAUUUUGUUUUGAACUUUGAAAUAUCCCUACAUAUAAACUUUGUGAAACUACAACUUAGUUGCAUAAACUUGUACAUGUUUUUGUAUAUUAAAAUAUUAAAAAUGGUUAAAUGGCCGUACUUUACAAUUUACUGCAGUCGAGAUAAGCCAUGUAAAGACGAUAUAGUUUUCAUUGACGAGUUUACUUGCUCAUGUGUAUGAUGAACGUGAUUUUUUUUCUCAGUUUUUCAUUCAUAAAGUUGCUUACAAACGGCUGAAACAGUCUAUGAUACCACACUAAUCCUGACUGGAAAGUUUGAGAAUUGUGCACCAGAGAGUUAUGAAAUUUAAUAGUAAAUAUAUAGAAAGCAUCAAAAUUGUAUGUCCGAUAUCUUGGUUACGCUAGGCCAAAAAAAAAUAUGUGGGUUUCCGGUUUCUUCUCAUAAAAACUUAGGUAGGGUAGGUCGGUUUUAACUUUUUUUUUUAAACUUUUUUAAUUUUCCUAACAACCGGACGCCAUUUUGUUUAGUCAGUGCUUCCACAUCCAAAGAUAAAUUUCCCUAAUAUUGCCUCAAAUUUCAAUUUUCCACAAACUUUUUCCUCUAAGUGGAAACACUUACAAGCAUGAUCCAAUAAAAAAGUUUAGGGUCGGGAUUUCGACGUCCAAAAGCUAGGUAGGGUAGGGAAACCGGAAACCCACAUUUUUUUUUGCCCUAUACAAACUUUCCACGCUGACCACACUUCACAAGCAAAUUUAACCCAUUGAGCUGCAAUGCACCCCAGUGCGCCCUACUUUUUUACUUGUCUAAUGCCAGACAAUUUUAUUCGUCAAUGGGGAAGCUCUGCAGCUUAAUGGGUUAAAUUUAAUCAAUUCCAGUAUAAAGAAAAUGUAAUUUAACCCAUUAAGCUGUAUUGCACCCUCAUAUGCGACUUAAUUUAUUAUUUUACUCUGUCUGACACCAGACAAUUUUACUUGUCAAAGGGAGAGCGCUGCUGCUCAAUGGGUUAAUUGAUUUAAAUAAGAUUUAAUGGCAAUGGCUGCUCGGAUAUUAGUAUACAGUGACAACUAUGCAUAUUACUUGUCAAGUUUUUCUUGAUGACCAUAUGCACAAACAAUUUUCCUUGUUGAAUAGCUGGCGUGACUAGCUUUAACCCAGCUUUUCAACAAGGCUUUUUGUCAAGGAACAAAAAAGUCAAUUUUUGCCAUGCACACAAACAAGUAAAACUUGUCAAGAAAAGCGUUUCGUCUAUAUGUGCUUGAUUGCAACUAUUUAAUAGUGAAUACUUAAUUUUUGAAAUUUUAUUUUCAAGGUGUGGUCCAUGUCAAAUGAUCGCUCCAAAAUUUCAAGAGCUCAGUUUAAAAUAUACAUCAGCAGUAUUUCUGGAAGUAGAUGUUGAUGCUUGCAAGGUGACCGCUCCCACUUUUUCAACACACCCUACAAUUCUGAAAGCGCAGCACAAUAAGGUUUGGUUUUCCUUAAAUUAAUCCCACUUUGUUUGCCGUUAGGAAACAAGCAAUCAGUACAAUGUGUCAGGCACACCGACCUUCAUUCUUUUCCGAUCUGGCGUAAAGUUAGAUCAAUUACAAGGAAGCGAUCCUAAAACUUUAGAGGACAAAAUCAAGAAGUGGAUGGGAGACUACGAGGAAAUUGGUGGAACAGUCCCUAAAGGAUAUGUUAGUUUUAUUUCAGCAUUUGUAAAUAUGAGUCAUACAUAUGAGUCAUAAAUAUGAGCCAUAUUCUGAAAGCUCACUCACACUCAAUGAGUGGAGAUAAAAUCCGAGCUUCUCUUGAGUGUCAAUGCUGUUUUUGAAUAGCUGGAGGGUGAGUAGUCACAUAGCGAAGUACGACACUAACCCUCCAGCUAUUCAAAAACAGCAAUGACACUCAAGAGAAGCUCAGAUUGAACUUCCACUCAUUGAGUGUGAGUGAGCUUUUAGAAUAGGUUUCUAUUGUAUGUAGAUCUCAGUCCAACUCAAAUUAAUGCAUGGGUAAUUACUCUGAUUUUCUGUCGAAAAGUAGCUGUACAACUGACUGACUUAUAUAUUUCAAUAAACUUAUCACAGAUGGAUUUAUCGUCACUGAUCAACAAAUCUCAAUGUGAAUGUCUGAAUGAAAGCGAUGAUCAGACUUUGAAGAAUGUCUUUCAGAAAGGAAAAAGUUUAUAUCUAGAAAGUGAUUGUGAUGAACAGGUGGGUAGCCUGAUUUAUACAGUAGAAAGAUUGCUGUAUGAUGAUGAGUCAUGCCUGCUGUCUUCGUAAAAAACUAGGGUUAUAGCCCCUACACAAAAGAUUCAAGGAAUCCUUCAAACCUUCAGGAGUAUUCAUUACUAUGUCAGAAAUGAAUUGAAUCUUGAUAAUACAAAAGUUUGAAUAAAGAUGGGCUGCAAAGACAAUAGUUUGAUUGCCUAUGUAUGCAUCUUGACAGAUGGCCCCCUCUGGUAUUAAUCCAAAUGAAUUAUUGGACGUGUUACAAAAUGAUAAAGACUACAUUUUCUUUAUUUCUAGAUGCUAAUAUCAAUAUCGUUCAAUCAACCUGUCAAACUGCAUUCUUUAAGACUUUAUGCACCCGAUGAUGGUACUGUAAAUUUAUUAUGUUGUUCUAACAUUGGGCAUUAAUUUUACAAGGAACAGAAUAGAGGUUUAUAAUGUACCUGCCCAAUUCACAAAUUUGACUAACUAAAAAAUCAUGUUAAUUUACAUGAAAUUUAGCUUUGAUUUUCUCAGCUUAGACAAUGUUGAUUUUUAAAAUGACUUCGCCAAUGAAAAAAAAUAGUACAUAAAAUUAAUGUUCUUUCUGAUGUUCUUCCAUCCUUCGCGUACAUACUAAGGUACAAAAUCUUUAUGUACAGGAACCGCACCAAAAACUGUCAGGUUAUUUUGUAAUCUGACGAGAACGCUUGGAUUUGAUGAAGCUGAAAAAACGACUGCAGUGCAGGAAUUAAGGUAAAACUUCGUGAAAUGAAGUUUGAUUUAAUUCAUAAAUUAAGUUGAAUUAAUUUGUGGUACCAAUGAUCUGCGAUUUAUUGAUUCAAUUUUUUUUAGUCUUACUGCAGAAAAUGUUGCUGAAGAUGUCCUAAUUCCCUUGAAAUUUGUGAAAUUUCAAUAUGUGCAAUCCGUUACGGUGAGUAUGGCGUACGCCAGACCAGGGAUUGAGACACUUUACAUAAAUGGUUAAUAUAUUAUACAAUUUAAUUUUCAACUAGCUUUUUAUAAAAGACAACCAAGGCGGCGAGGAGACGACGAUAAUCAAUUCACUUUCUUUCAUUGGUACAACAGUAGCAGCGACCAAUAUGAGCGAUUUUAAAAGGGUGAGAAUAUAUGAAUUUAAACUAACUGUAUACUAGCUGGAGAUGUCAGUUUUGAACUGUUUAAUUACCCUAUCGUACAGUAUUUAAAGAGCUAUUGCUUAUUGAUCCAUUCGACUUGAGUGGUAAUUUUUGUGACUUGUGACUUGACUUGUUGAUCAGAUUAACGACUUGUGACUUGAUUCGAACUUGCAAGAAAUGACUUGUUACCGUAAAGUCGUAAAUAUCUAUACUCUAUAGUGAAAUUGACUUUUCUACAACUUGCAAAUCCAUCGAUGCAAUUGUGCAGCCAGGUUGGCGUAUCGCGCUGUAUGACUGUGAGCUUGUAAUGGAUUGUAUAUUGAUAUAUAAUUGUGACUCUCCAGUUCAUUGUAAAAAGAACUGUGCAGAAUAACUUGUGAUUUGACUUGGACUCUUGCAAGAAGUAACUUGACUUGGUCUAAAUGACUUGUGACUAAAUAGGCAAUUCCCAUUAUAGACUAAUUUUAAAACUAGGCAAGGAGAUGUAAAUAAAUCACCACAGCUGGAAAGAACAUACUAAAAUGAGUAAAUUGCAAAGUUUGGUUGCGAAAUGUUGUAAAAUGCGGAAAAUAGUAGCCUUGCAAAGUUUGCAAAUUUUCUAUACUUUUGUAUUGCGUGCGGAAAUCGCCACCAUUUUCGGCCCAAAUGUGGUAGCAAUUCCCGCACGCAAUACAAAAGUAUAGAAAAUUUGCGAACUUUGCAAGGCUAUAUUUCCCGCAUUUUACAACAUUUCGCAACCAAACUUUGCAAUUUUGCUCAUUUUAGUAUGCCCUUUCUAGCUGUGGUGAUUUAUUUGCAUACCCUUGUCUAGUUAUAAAAUUAGUCUAUAAUGGGAAUUGUCUAUUGAUUUAGUCACAGACAAAAGAACCUGUGACUCGACUUGACUUGACUUCGCGAGAAAUAAUUUGUGACUUGACAUGGACUUGCAAAAUAAGACUUGUUACCGCGAGAUUCUCUUUGAUGGAACCCAACAUCUUUAAUUUCCUCUUGCUAAGGUCGCUGGAAAGGAAGGAGAGACUCACGGAUAAUGGCGAUGUUAUGGAUGACCAGUUCAUUGUCAGUAUUUUCUUGGAUGCGAGAGGGAAGUACAUCAUGUAAUGUAAAAUUCGAGUGAGCAACAUUUUCCGUAACACACUUAGUUUUAUAUUUUAUCGAAACUGUAGGUCGCCGACAUACAUUAAAUUUGAAGGAAAAUAUUUAGUAGAUAUUAUUGUGCAUGGGAUAGAUUUAGGAUUCCUAAGGAUUCCUAAGCUUACCACAGUGCGUGAUUUCUUCAUAAUAUCCGUUUCUGUUUCGCCAGGCAAUUAUCUAAAAAGUAGAUAAAAUUAAAAGUUUAAAUUGGACUGAGCCCCAUGUGCUAAUUUACCCGCCCCCUGAACCAUAGACAGAUUUUGCUCCGAGGGGAGCCAAAAUUCGGGG